GUUCACUGAGUUGAGUGACUUCACUUCGAUUGGGUCGGAAAGAUGUCAUUUUGUCCCGUGAUUUCCUCCAUUCUCAUUUUCUUUUUUUUAGUAUUUUAAUUAAAUAGCCGCUAUUAGAGUUGUGCCACAAGCUUUAAUAUUUGUACUCAUCAAUUCCCUAAAAUUUCUCCGCAACUUAUUUUAUUUCCAUCCGUGAUAUACUCUACGCAUACAGUUUAGACUUCUAGUGUAAAUCCAUCUCUCUCCCUUUAAACAAAUCCAGGUGCUGUGAUUUUUUUAUCAGCAUUUUGGGGAGUUUAAAAUCCAAUGCUGUGAUUUUUGUAGCAUAUAGGGAAGUUCAAUUCUUCAGCAUUUAGGAAGAAAAAUGUUGGAUUUUUUAAUUAAGAAGGAUGUUAGAAAGAUUCUCAAGAGGAAGGAUAGUGAUGCUGGGGAAAAAGGACGGGCUUUGGAGGACGCUCGAGCAUCACUAUUUAACAAAUUACAGUUAUUAGGAGGAGCAAAGCGUCAGCAGCAACCCUUGCUUGCGCCUUCUUUUGCCCUUACCUUCAACUUUUUGGUUUCUGUCAGCAUAAUUCUGAUGAACAAAUUGGUUGGUUAAAUCCUCUUCUCCUAUCAUCAUUAAUGCACAUGCAAAAGUUUUCACAAUCUCAUGAAUGCCCUUUUCGACUUGUGCAGGUACUUGUCAAAACUGGUUUUAACUAUCCAAUAUCUUUAACUUUUAUUCACUACAUAUGUAGCUGGUUCAUCAUGGCCAUUUUAAAUGCUUUAUCCAUUAUUUCCCUGACUUCUCCGUCAAGGUCGACCAAAUAUUUUUCACUGUUAUCACUUGGUAUAGUUAUGUCUCUGUCUACUGGCCUUGCGAAUGUCAGCCUGAAAUAUAAUAGUGUUGGAUUUUAUCAAAUGGCCAAGAUUGCAGUGACACCAGCUAUAGUUUUAGCUGAAUUCGUGCUCUUCAGCAAAAGGAUCUCUGUUAAAAAGGUUGCUGCACUUGCUGUAGUAUCAAUUGGUGUUGCUGUUGCAACAGUUACAGAUCUUCAAUUUCACUUUUUUGGUGCAUGCGUAGCCGUAGCAUGGAUAAUCCCCAGUGCAGUUAAUAAAAUAUUGUGGUCCAAUCUACAGCAGCAGGAAAACUGGACUGCUUUGGCGUUAAUGUGGAAAACCACGCCUGUUACAUUGUUCUUUUUGUUAACGAUGAUGCCAUAUCUCGAUCCGCCGGGUGUCUUCUCCUUCAAUUGGAAUUUUCAAAAUUCUGCAACUAUUGGCGGUUCUGCUGUUCUGGGCUUCUUGCUUCAAUGGUCAGGUGCCUUAGCGCUUGGGGCAACGUCUGCAACCACACAUGUAGUCCUUGGACAGUUCAAAACUUGUAUCAUUCUUCUCGGAGGAUAUUUUCUCUUCGGUUCAAAUCCAGGAAUCAUCAGCAUUAUGGGAGCAGUUGUUGCUCUUGCGGGUAUGUCCUUCUACACAUACCUAAAUUUGCAACCCCAGCAACAAGCAGGCAAAACAUCUCCUCGGCAGUCUUCAUUCUCAUUACCGAAAUCCAAGCUUAGCAAAGAAAAUGGAGAUGCCCAUGAUGGAAGUUAUGGGGAUGAACAUGUCUAGCUUUUCCUAACGCCAGCCAAGAUUCUUUUCAUAACCCUACACAUUCAGGAAUAGAACCGAUUGUUCGUGUGAUCUUUCUGAUAGCUAACAACAACAUUAUGCUGAUUGCCGUCUGUGAAUGAAGGGACUGUAUAUGAUCUCCAAUUGCUCCAAAGGUUCCGCAUUCUGUACAUGUAAUCUUUUAGGCGAGUCGAGACAUAUUCUUUUCCUCUACUGAAUUUCGAACCAGAGAGCUCAUGCUCCACAUUUUACUGGCAACAGCCACUUCAGGUUUGCUUGUGAAAAAGAGUGGCCUGUGCUACAGUUUCUUGUUUGACUAGUCUAUUGUUUGUACAGAGACAUUCUUUCACAUUAGGAGGACAGGCACUAACUUGUGUUCAUUUUUCAAUAACUAACUUUCUUGGUCUAUCUAAUUGUUCAAAUAUAUACUUGCCUGCACGUGUUUUUGCAAUAUUUUCCUG